AUGGACGAAAGCCCCGAAAUGCAGGCGUGGAAGGCCCUGGAUAAACAGGCUUACAAGGCUUACAAAAAUAAGGCCUAUCCCACAGCUAUCAAGUUGUAUCAAGAGUUUGAGGAGGUCACUCGAAAGAGGCUUGAUCCCAUGAACAUCAACGUCCUGUGGUCUAAAUGCAACUACUGCCUAGCAUUGACGAAAGACGGCAAAUUCGAAGAUGCGUACAAAGUGCAAGAAGAGCUCUUGUCAAGAUUGUAUCAUACAAGGUCUGAAGAAGGCCAAAAGUUAGAACUCGUGCAGGAAAUACUUGUUCAGCGUUAUCAGAGAGCCAAGACGUUAAAUGUACCUGAAGAAGACCUGUCCAAGGUCACUCAGGCUCGCGAUCUCCUGCUAGCGACUGCCAUAGCAAGUACACACAUUUUGGGAAAGGCGCAUCCUUCGACACAGAAGCUCAGGAGAGCUUACACAACGGCUGGUAAUAAUGUUCUUUACCGGAACACACUCUCUCCGAAGAGCAUGUCAUCACCACUACAGAACCAGGACCACACUCGGAACCGUUCUGCCGACGAUUCUGAUUUGCCACCAGGGAACCAUCGAGCCUUUGCAGAGAGACCAAGUGCAGCCUUUUCGAAGACUACCGAACGCAGUCUCGGGCCAGACCAGCACGGAUUUGCAGCUCCUGUGUCACUAUUCCAUACAUCCAACGAGGAUGGCACGAAAGACCAGAACGAAGCUACCGAUAAGUGGUUUCAACAUCUUGCAAAGGCACGGCAAAUCCUUGGAACGACCGGCGCUGACCUGAAAUUUGGACCCUCUAAGAAUCCUCGAAUUGCGAUCCUCGAUACCGGAUUCGACUCGUCGCACCCGGACAUUCAGACGCUCCUCUCUGUAGCAUCAGACAGUCUAAAGAUCCGGAAAAGUAAGUCCUGGCUGUCGGACAAUCAAGCAAGUGGGAAGUUGCUGCCUGGCGAUGCAGAUGACUGUGGCCACGGGACGCGUAUGACGUGGAUCGCACACAGAGUUGCUCCCUUCGCUGACUUCUACAUUGCACGCAUUUUCCGGGAUGCGCGUCCCGAGCCAGCACAUAUCGCAAAGGCCAUCGAAUGGGCUGUCGAAAAGUGGAACGUUGACAUUAUUAGCAUGUCAUUUGGUCUCGCAGACGAGGACGAGGACAGCAUUGAUAACGUCACUAAGACCAUCGACAAGUUUCGUGGGAGGGUAUUGUUCUUCGCAGCCGGGCACAAUAGCGGGUUGACCAUUGAGCGCAGCUUUCCAGCCCGCCACGACGCUGUCUUUUGUGUGCAUAGUGCAGAUCACAAUGGUAUAGAUUCGAAGGCCAACCCCGGUGUGCCAUUUAAUGACGAGAGCCCAAUCAGUGCACUGGGCGAAUAUGUGCCUGUACCAGCACCUCGACCAAAUUGGGACCACGUCGGCGCUCCUGACCGAGCUCCGACUCGAUCAAGUGGUACUUCGGUCGCUACUGUGGUAGCAGCUGCGAUCGCGGCCCAUGUGCUAUAUUUUAUCCGGAAAGAUGCCGUCCGUGACCAUUUCACGGACUUGCCGAGAGUGAAGGAGAGGGUGAUGACUAAGAAGGGCAUGAGGGCGGUCUUCAAGUUGAUGCGGAUUCCGCAACAGGCGCCAGGGACCUGCCUGAACCUACAGCCCUGGCAUCUGUUCAAGCGGUUCCAUCGGGAGUCGGAAGGACACUUCCACAGCUUUAUCGCCCGGCAGAUCGAACGUGCUGUGAUUGCAGCCUGA